AUGUUUGUUGUAUUAUUUUCUAGUUUCUUGGAAAAAGACAAAGAUCAGGGAUUUACCAAAAAAUACAAAGCUCGAUUUCGAAAUAUCGGAAGUUGGCAAUUUCUUUUGAUUCAUGAAAUAUUUGUUCUUUCCGAGAAACGUGGAAUUUAUAAUUUAUCUAGCCGUAGUUCUGCGAAUUGUUUAAAAUUCUCAAAUACAGCGGAUAAAGAGUAUGCCCUUUAUGAAUUUUUAUUAUAUUUUUAUGCACUUGAAAAGUUCUUUUUUGCGGAAUAUUUGAUCUUAGAUUGUUUUCUGAAGUUGGUAAAAACUUACCAAAAAAUAUUUCCAUUUGAAAAUCCUAAAACUGAUCAAAAUAACUCUUCAAGCUACCAAAAAAUAUGUGCAUAGUCUUCUUCAGCAAAGUACCUCAAGAUUUUUUCCAAAAAAAAAACAACUCUCAACCCUCUAAUUCCUCAAUCCGCUUUUCCCUCACUCAAAAAUUCUGAUCAGAGCUCGCAAAUAAAUUCAUUGACCUCAUUCAAAAAAUUUCAGCUGCCAACUCUCAUUCGUAAAUUUUUGAUCCUGAAAAAUCUGAUUUCAGUGCUACUUUCAGAGAAUUUUUUUUUCUUAAAAACUUUUUCUGACAGACUUGUGUAAUUUUUCACUCUAGAUUUAUGAUUUUCCUAAUUUCUUUGAUCUUUGAAAUUUUAGAGAAAUGUAAGACUUCUCUUUUUUGAAAAUGUUCUAGUUGUAUAAUUUUUCGCCCUCUCAUUAAAAUCCCGUAAGGUGAAAUUUAUUUAGAAAUGUUCAUUUCUCCCGGUCACGUGAAAUUCUGAUAAAUAUAUAUUUAUCAAAAAUGCUUCAUUUCUUACCUACACGUGUGGUGUAGGCGGGGAGAGCGAUGCCUUCCAAUCAGGCAACCCUCCUUCUUUUGUGGGUUCGAGCCCCACUCGGAAAAAAUUUUUCCCUAUAUCGAGUAAUGCAGAUUUUCGGAAAUUUUGUUCCUUUCUACCCAAAAUUGCGAAAAUUCGACAUUCCAACGCGGCAAAAAAGAAAAAGAAGGUGGAGAAGAACAACCUUAAUAAAAAGAGAAAAUCGAGAAAAUAUCAUGCGUGACCCAUGAAUGAAAAAGGCUGAUUCUUCAGAUACUAUUGGCAUUGUUCAAGAAUUCCAAAUUCCUAACGGGCCAAGGAUAUUAUUCAAGUAUUCAAGACGAAAAAAAGAUUGUAUAAGUUUUUUUUGAAAAAUUUAUCGAUGACUUGAUCCAUGGCAAAAUUAGGAAGCCUUCCUGAUUUUGCCACGAAUCAUUUUUUGAUCAAAAAAUUUGAAAUUUUCUAUAAAUUUGAUUGUAAUUCGUGUGUUUUAACUCUUACGAGUACACUUAAUUCGAAAAAAUAAUUGAAGAAGUUUUUUUUUGAAAAAUUUGUUGAUGACGUCAUCCAUGGCAAAAUUAGGAAGCCUUCCUGAUUUUGCCACGAAUCAUUUUUUGAUCAAAAAAUUUGAAAUUUGAUUGUAAGUCAAUGUUCUGUGGACAAUAAUCACAGAAAAAAGUGAAACUGAAAUAAAUGAGAAGAUUGUUACGCCUGGGGGCUAACAGCCCCUAGUCAAGCUAACAAGAAAUUAUUCAAUACCAUAGAAAAUCAAGAAAAAAGUCUUUCGCUCAUGGGACACAUUCAAAUAUAAUUCGAUUAUUGUUUUUGUAGAAGAAAUAAUUUUAAACGGAACGAUUUUGAUCUUAUAUUUAAAAUAAUAUUCAAUAACUAAAGUUCUGUUCAGAACUCGCAGAUCAUUUUUUCAUUGACCUCAUUCGAAUUUCACCUGCCUUCAACCUCCCUCACUAAUUUAUUUAUUUACAAUAUUUUUCUAGCAAACUGACGUCAACCGACGAUUCGGCUCGGGUUGGCGCUCGACAACGUAAUCGUUCGCUCAAAAAAUCACCAGCCGUCCAGGAUGAUGAUCCAACAUCCUCAACCGCCUCCGCUUCAUUAUCCAAUCAUCAUCUUUUGCCACACGCUCAAGAACCAAGAAGAGCAUCGAGUUUUGAUGUGGCGGCGAGCUCGUCGAAAAUGACUACGAGUAGGUUUUUUUCUUAAAUUUUUCUGUGAAAAAUCUCUCUACAUGUUCUAACCAUCAAAACAACUAAAAAAGAAAAACUAACAAUUUCAGCGACCCUACGUCCUGGAUCUUUCGAUGCUGGAAGAUCAGCGUUUUCACCAGUUGAAGUGCCAAGAUUAUUGAUUCAAUCCCCAUUGUCUCCACUUCAGGUAUAAUUAUAUACAUUUUCCCCCAAAUCUUACAAAAUGUAUCCUUUUUUAACACAAGUAUUAAUUUGUAGCUUGAACCGCCACCAGCAACUGAUAGUCGUCUUCUGACUGUGCCGUCUCCAGAUUUCCGAAAAAGUCCUGUUGAUAACAAUCGGUCCUAUGCAUGUAUGUCAUUAAAAUUUUGUCGGAACUCGCGGUUCAAAAAUUUAGAAUAUUCCGCGCAAACCUAUAAAUUCCCUUCUCCUCCCAACACUAUUUUUUGCAGGCGACUCUCCAGGAAAAGCUCAAGAUCUACUCAAUCCUCUCACUUUCGGGCCAAAUCUACUUACUCAAUUAUCAGCUGCAAUGUCGCGUCCUUUGGGAAUGCCAAGUCCACUUUUAGAAGAGUUCAAAGUCACUAUGGGAAAUGUCACAAUUCCCAAACUCGAACAAAUGGAUUGUUCUGGAUCUUUUGAAACUGUUGGUUCUGGCGGUUCUUUUGAUCUCACAGCAAUGUCUGCUCAUUCUUCUUUCGAUCAUGGUCAAAACCAAAUUUCUCAAGCAACCGCAGAACUUCUUGCGCAAAUGCCACCUAAAUCGAUAAUCCAAGAUGAUAUUCGAAAUGGAAAUGGUCGAUUCACUCUGGUUAGGAAACGAGGAAGAUCCGAAGUUUGGAAUUUAUUUGGACAAGUUCUUGACACUCUCACAAAUGUUAGGCUACCGUAUGUGGCUUGUUAUGCUUGUAAGGUUUUGUAUACUGAUACUGGUGGCGGUACUGGAAAUAUGACAAGACAUCGAUGUCCGAUUGGAGCAAGUUAUCGAUCGAGUACACAUGGAUCAUCGACAGAAACGGUUGAAGCUGGAGGGACUAAUUCAUUUGAUUCAACAAAUUCAACAAAUGUAAAUAUGCUUUCGAACACAAAUGGAAAUACAAGUCGACCAGAAAUUAGACCACAUUUGGGAUUAACUAUUAAUGAUAUCGGAGGAUCAAAUUUGGUAUCUCAACAUUCCGGCGAGAUUUCGAUUGGUGACGUUGAUCGUGAAGUUUUGACUGAUGCAAUGGUCAAAUGCUGUGCUCUCGAUCUUAUUGAUCCUGUUAUUUUUAGUGGAAAAGGAUUCAAAAGUUUAUUGCGAAGAAUUUGUAAUAUCUCAAAACGUGUCAGUCCAUCGCCAAUUGACUCAUUUCCUGAUGUCAAUACAAUUCGAUCUGCUAUGCAAACCAAUUUGCGAUUCUGCACAGAUGAUCUGAAAAACGAGCUGUCAAUGACUUCUCAGGGUGUGAGACUGAUUAUUGAGACAUUGACAUAUUGUGGAAAAGAUUAUCGAGUUAUUCAUGGGUCGAGAAUUAGUCCAGAUUGGAAGUGGAGAAGCAAUAUUUUAGGGUAAGUUUCGAGAAAAUAAAAAAAACAUUUUUAUUUUGGAACUCAACGAAUUUUUUUGCAGUGUCUUCAAAUCUCGUGAAAACGAAUCGAUCAGUGAAAUGAUUAACAUUGUGAUUCGAAACUAUGAACUUGACAGAAAUUUAUUGCGAGUAACAACACCUUCAGCAGUUCACGAUAUUCCAAGUUCCACCAAAACAUUUAUUGAUAUAAUUCCAAAACUCAAAGAUAUAUUACUAGCAAUCUUAUUUUCAUGCACAAUUCCUGUUAUGAGUAUGCUGACAUCAAUUGAGCAAAUCACAAAAUCAAUGGUUGAACUUGAUAUUCGUCUUCCAUUUAAUGUUGAGACAAUGAGAAAUGAUAUUUUUCAAACACAUCAUUUAUUGAGUGAAUGGAAUGAUCGUUGGCAGCAAAUGGAACAUCUUAUAACUUCAAAAUGUUCUCAUCUUCUACCAACUUUCCGAACUAUUGGACCUUGUUAUAUGAGAGAUAUUGAAACAUUUAUUCUACCAUUUCGUGAAACAAUUGAAUCACUCAUGUCUGAACAACCAAAUUUCCAUAAAGUUCUACCGGAAUGGCAAGCAUUGAUGCAUGAAUGUCAAGUAUCUGAUGAUGAACCUUCGCCACUUUUGAGAGAAUUGAAGCAAAAGGCUACAGAGUUAUUAAAGUUUGAGCAAGACAAGGUUAUAACAGAUGAACAUCAUAUUGCUACAAUGUUGAAUCCAAAACUUAACAAAAAAUUGGAUUUGGUUCUAACUUCGAAUGAACAAAAACGAGCGUCUGAAAGGAUUCGAUCGAUUUGUGGAAUUCGGAAUCCAAGACUGCCAUUGAGUCGAGGAAGUUCGACUGAUGGAGAACCAUUCAGGUUUGUGUUUAAAAAUAAUGUUAUCGCAAUUCAACUUAUUUUAAUUUUUCCAGAAAACGAAAAAUGUUUUUAUCAUCCCUUGAAGAUGAUCCAAUUGGAGAUGAACUCGAAUGUUAUCUCAAUUCACAAUAUCCACCACAACAAAUCAAGUGAGAAACAAUAAAACUCCUGAACAUUUCCAAAAUCAAUUUUUUUUCAGAGAUAUCAUAAGUUUCUGGAGUUCAAUUGGACAGACGCAAUUCCCAGCCCUUGCUUCACUUGCUCGACGAACUUUGAGCAUUCCAGCAACCGCACCAAAGACAACUUUUGAUCCUCGUUGCGCAUCAGUUGCACCAGAUCAACUUCACACUUUUCUUAUGCUUCGAUCGAUGUUUGAUUCGGAAAAAGAUGAUGAAGUUUGA